AUGCUCGAAGCAAUGGCGCACAUCAAGUCGAACCAACGGAUUGAAGAUCACCGUAAUCUAGUCGAAUGGUCGUUCUAUGCCAAUGAGUCAUCUGGCGAGGAGUACUACGAAAUGCCAAUCGAUAUGCGUUUCAACUCAGGUCAUAUUUUGUCGAUCAUGGUAUACAGCACGCUGAUGGUGUUUUCAGCUACAGGAAAUAUUACAGUGCUUCGAAUUCUUGCCCAACGGAAAGUACGAGCAUCGUCCAGGAUAAAUAUAAUGCUUGCCCAUUUGGCCAUAGCGGAUCUGUUGGUAACCUUCCUUAUGAUGCCGUUAGAGAUUGGAUGGGCAUACACGGUUAGGUGGUCAGCCGGGGAUGUAAUGUGUCGCGUGAUGGCUUUUUUCCGGACAUUUGGCCUGUACCUUUCAAGCUACAUUCUGAUCUGCAUAUCAGUUGACAGAUACUUUGCCGUGUUGAAGCCAUUGAAAGUUCAUGAACAUCGAGCAUUUCUGAUGAUUUCUGGCGCUUGGAUAAUGUCCGGUCUAUGCAGUCUGCCUCAGGCAUUUAUUUUUCAUCUGGAGGUGCAUCCAAACAUCACGGGAUACCAGCAGUGCGUGACUUAUCAUUAUUUCGAGGAGGAAAUUUAUCAAAUCGUGUACAACGUUAUGGUAAUGUGCCUGAUGUACACGAUCCCGCUGAUAGUAAUCCUUUAUUGCUAUGGAUCUAUAUAUUAUGAAAUAUUUAGUCGCACAAAUCCGAAGAAUUUAGAGAGCUUUCGUCGAUCGAGUAUCGAUGUGCUUGGUCGAGCAAAACGGAAAACGUUAAGGAUGACCAUAACGAUCGUGAUCGUGUUUGUAGUUUGCUGGACUCCUUACUACGUCAUGUCACUCUGGUAUUGGUUAGAUAAGGAAUCGGCAAAGAAUGUGGACCAGCGAAUACAGAAGGGUUUGUUCUUGUUUGCCAGUACGAACAGCUGCAUGAACCCAGUAGUAUAUGGUAUUUACAAUGUGCGGAAGAAACACACCAAAAACCAUUUGAAGGUGCAAGAUAAAAGUUGUGGAAGUCAUCUUACUAUGAAAAUGUAA